AUGAAAGGGAAGCUGAAGGCGUCUGACACAGUCAGUCAGCAUCCAGACAUCAUGAAGGCUGCAGCUGCCUCUCUGCUCCUGCUCGUGUCUCUGUCUGUCAGUGCAAACCUUCAGCAGUUCUUCAGUGGAUCUUCUUCAGUGUCUCUGAGUUGUGUUGAUGAUGGACAGACAGCUGAUGGAUGGACAGUGAAGAUGACCAGUGGAGGACCCACUGAGGACUGUGGAGCAGCUGAGAUGAGUGGAAGUUUGUGCGUUUUGGAUCGUAACUCGUCCUACGGUGGAACCUUCUGGUGUGAAAGCUCAUCUGGACAGCAGAGCGAUGAAGUGUCCAUCAGUGUUUCAGAAAAAGGUGUGAUCCUGGUGAUCCCUGCACUUCCUGUGAAACCAGGAAGUGAUGUCACUCUGCAAUGCAAGAAGAAGAGUGGUGAAACAGUUCUUCUUUUUUCUUUUUUCUUCAUGAAUGGACGUCUCCUUGGGUCUAAAGCAGAACACGUUAUCACCAAUGUCAGGCACUCUGAUGAAGGUCUCUACUGGUGCGCUUCUAACACAUUUGGAUCAUCUCCUCAGAGCUUUCUGAGGGUCAGAGGGUCUCCUAUAACUACUCUCAGAAAGUCUGUCCCUCCACCUCCAGUUUCUGAGGCCAGUUCUUCUCUGUCCACUCUUCCUCCUUUCACCAACUCUUCCUCCCCUUCUUCUCCCUCUGUGUCUUGGAUCAGAGUCAUCUGCCACCUGUUGGCCUUCUGCCCGUACUGCAUCUGCACCAUCCUGCUCCUGUCCAUCUGCUGCAGCAGGAGCUCAGGUAACAAACAUGCUGUCUCCAUGGAGAUGCCAUUGGAUGUUGACGAGCAUGAUGACACCACUGAGCGGAUGAUCCUCUGA